AUGGCGGCCCCCUCAUCGUCAGGGACGACGGCGCUGGCUGAUAAGCCCCCGGACACUGUUGGGGGUCGGCGGCCGCCGCCGGGAUCCUCUUCGCCGGACGGAGAGAGCGAAAAGGAGACCGUGCAAGCGAAGAAGAAGGUCCGACCAACGAACUUUGACAAAACAUAUCCAGCUGAUGAGGAUGGAGGUACGGCGAGUAUGGACACGGAGGAGGAUUCCAUCCGAACACAGGAGGCAACGGGAACGGAAGGAGGGACAAACAGCUGGUUUGGCUCGGCAAAAAGACUAUUCAGUGAUGUCCUCAAGGAUGAGACCUGGUAUGUGGAGGAGUCGGAUUCAGAGGACGUCGCUCAACGGGAAAAGGAGGAGGAUAAUAUCCCAAAUAUAGAUGACGAUCCAAAGUGCCCCCACAAUCCCAUUCACAGCGGCGCAGAAGAUAAGGUGGCGUAG